GGGCAGGAAGCAGCAACAUCAGUGGCCACGCCCUCUUGCAUUGGGUCUCGCACGCUAUUUCAGUGAAGGCUCUCCGACAGGCGAAGUUAUACAGUUAGUGUUACGCUUCUGCAUUCAAGAUGAAUCCUAUACCGGUGUACGGCAUCGCUCUAUUCUUUAUGUUUGCUCUCCCUUCUUCAUCCGGUUGCGGCUUCGAAGAAUCAAUUAAGAUUCAGUUUGAAUGCGUUCCCGAGCUGGCUAAAAUAGACGAGUUCGGAGAACACACCGGAUUGGGAACUCUGCAGAAAGACAAUGCUCAGGACCACAAGAUUGGAUGCUGUAUGGAGAAAGUACUAGCAAGAUGUUACCGAAGGAAACAGCCCAGGGGCUGUUCUUCACUCGUGGAGCGGAUGAUCAGCGACAACAAGGAUACAGUGAAGAACCUCGGCGGUGGCCCGUGCAACUACGAGUGUCUCAAUGGAAGUGUUACUCUGAAACCCACGUGGGUCCUGGCUACCGUUGCCGUUUUUGCGUCGCUUCUUUUCAAGCAAAACCUUCAAUAGCGGAAAGAACAUCGCGGUGUUCUCGAUUAUCCCAGCCGACGGAGAAUUUAAAGACGCAUCGAUUGAAACCAAUGCCAUUAGAAUCUGUGUGCAAAUUACUUCACAGUGUCAUUUCAAAGCCGUGGUAGCCCUCUUUAUGGUAUAGGGCGGGCGUUGUUGCUUUUGUGUUACUGAAUCUUUCAUGUGAUAAAGGUGCGUUGACUUCGUCAAAGGCCACGAGUGUGAGGGCUACGUCCUCAAUAAAUAAAUAAAUUCCCAUUUAUUGACA